AUGUCUCUCCUCAGACGAACUGCAUGCUCUUUAUCGCCUCAUACUAGACCCUUUCUCCCAGCCGCCAAUGCCACACGCCGCGCAAAUGUUAUUUCACAUCCAGUCAUCUCAAAUUCAACAAUACAGUCGCCAUGGGCUGGCCGAAGGAACUUCUCUGUCGCUUCAGCACUCGGUGAAACAGUCACCAUGACCGCCGAUAGCCUCAGCUGGGUCCAUAGUGUAGGCAUGCCGUGGUAUGUGGCCAUCCCACUGCUUGCCAUAGGCGUCAACGCAACCAUUCGAUUUCCUCUCCAGCUCUACAGUGCUCGUUUGAAAGAGGCUCAAACACCGCUAAAUCCUCUUGUCGUGGCAUGGUCACGGCGUCAUGCUACUGAUCGGAGCCUGAACGACCUCAGCCUGCCGGAGCGAAUAAGGAAACUCCGUCUAGCAGGCGCCGUUGAGAAGUCAAGACGGAGGAUCUACAAAACCUGGGGCGUUCAGCGUUGGAAAAGACUGGCACCUCUACUCGGAAUUGUUCCUUUUGUUACCAUCUCCGAGGCUAUACGGCGCAAAUGUGGUGCACCUCUGGGUUGGAUCAGCCACCAAAUCGGUCUAGGCAAUACGGAUCCAGCAACUGCUGGCAUUGGAGCUGCGAGCGGCAUGUUCGACGAGUCUUUGACCAACGGAGGCUUGUUGUGGUUCACUGACUUGGCUUCGGCGGAUCCUUAUUACGGCCUGCCCAUCGCCUGCUCGGGCAUUUUGAUAUGGAGCACUUGGGGCAGGAUGCCUAAAGAGCAGCUCCAAGCAUUGCUGAAAAUCCAACCUGACGAGAACAGUCAUAUCGUCAUGACCAGGCUACAACAGCUCUUCGGCAGAGCAAUGCUCAUGAUGCCCAUAUUGCCGCUUCUUUUUGCUGAUCUACCAAGCGCCAUCUUUCUCUACUGGGGUACAUCGUUCGCUCUCACUCGCGUCAACGAGACGUUCCUGAAACGUUUUGUUCAAUCAAAACCCGGGACCCUGAUGGCACCCAAGCCUCAGAAAGAAUUCCCGUUCGUGAUUACGAAACAAGUCACAAAAUUAAAGGAAGCCUGA